CCCUCCACUCCUCCUCCUCCUCCGCUCUCCUGUUCCCAGUUGCUGUCAUCCUCCUCCUCACUCAGUUCUCUGUGACUUCCCGGAUGGCUGUGUAAGUUGGUCACCUCAGCCUGAUGUCUCCUGGCCUUCCCCAUGUGGCUGCUGGUCCCCUAGCCUGAGUCACCCUUCCUCAUCUCCUCUCCUAGCUCUGGAUUUGGGGGUGCCCCCUGGAAAACAAGGCUCGCCCAGUUCUUUUUAUUUUUCUUUGGUUGAUGGUUUCAGCUGCUGUCAGCCAUGCCUGAAACAACUGGACAAGAAAGCAGCACCACCACCCCGGCCAAGGAGUCCCCCUUCUCCAUCAAGAGCCUCCUGACCUGUGAGUCCUCCAGGGCAGUCAGGCCACCAAAGGCUCUCUUCACCCAAAUCAAGGGCACCUUUGAUGGGGCAUCUUUCGCCCUGUCGCCAUUGACUGACCUGUCCUUCCCUCGGCUGGAGAUACCCACCCAGAGGUUCGCCUUACCUGCACAUUACCUGGAGAGGUCCCCAGCUUGGUGGUACUCCUACACCUUGACCCAUGGAGGGCACAUACCCAGGACAGAAGUUCCUGAGAAGAGCCUGCUGCUGGGCCCCUCUUCCCCGGUCUCUGGGGGUGAAAGAGACUCUCCAGAGCCCCUCCGCAGCCUCAAGCAGGACCUGGACUCCAAAGAGAGGGACUCCAAGAGCCCAGAGGAGAUCAUCCUAGAGGAGAGCGAACCUGAGGAGUCCAAGAAGGACGAGAGUGGUGAGGACUGGAAGAAGUUGGACGACUCCUCAGACAAGAAGCCCUGCAGGAAGAAGAAGACCCGGACGGUGUUCUCCAGGAGCCAAGUCUUCCAGCUGGAGUCCACCUUUGACAUGAAGAGGUACCUGAGCAGCUCCGAGAGGGCGGGACUUGCUGCCUCUCUACACCUGACUGAGACCCAGGUGAAGAUCUGGUUCCAGAACCGCAGGAACAAAUGGAAAAGGCAACUGGCAGCAGAACUGGAGGCUGCCAACCUGAGCCACGCCGCUGCCCAGAGAAUCGUCAGGGUGCCCAUCUUGUACCAUGAGAACUCCUCCAGCACAGAGAGUGUCAACUCUGGGGCCAACGUGCCAGUCAGCCAGCCCCUUCUGACAUUUCCCCAUCCUGUGUAUUACUCUCACCCUGUAGUCACUUCAGUGCCCUUACUCAGACCAGUGUGAGGAUUGGAGGGCUCCUUUAAGGGCACCAAGGUUAGGGAUAGACUUGUUUCAGGAGAAGCCACCCUUGGUUGGGUGGAAAGGACAAUCCACAACAGACACCUAAAGCUGCAGAACUUGAAGACAACUGUGGCCCUUAGGGGCCACACCAGAGCAGUGGUAAAAAAAAAAGAGGACUUCACAAUACAGGUCUAAACUCACAGCUUCUAAGUGAACAAAGCGCGCAGGUAUUUGUCACUCCCCGUAUUAUUUUUCAUUUUUCUAAUAAAAAUAAAAUAAAAAAAAGGGCAAAUGUUAAAUAUAUUUACUGUUCAAUUUGCCAAAAGAAAAAAAAAUCCUAGAGUCGAAUCCAAUGACAGGAGUCAACCCAGACAUGUCAAACACUGUAAUAUUUUUGUUUUCUAAAAAAAAAAAAAAAAAAAAAAAUACAAAACAUUGCAUCAUUUGUAUAAACAAAAAAUACACACAAUUGUUUUGCUCAAUUUUGUAUCUCCUGUUUCAUGUGUUUAAUUAUUAUUAAUAUUAUUAUUUUUUACCACUGACUUAUUUAUUAUAAAGUCUUUACAGGACAUGGUCAUAUUUUAUUCCAAAUUUCCUUUUUCAAACGAACAUUUUGACUUGAAACAAACUGUACAUUUCAUUUUUUUUUUGUUUUAAUUAUUUUAUUUGAAAAUAACUGUGUUGUAAUAUAUUUCUUGGAUUGUGCAAUAGGAAAAGGCAAUUGCUAGCCCUUCGCUGAUUCCCUGGUUAUCUGUGAUCAAUUACCAAUGAAUAAUAAUAAUAAAAAAAACAGAAAAACAAAAAAAACAAACAGUAAACAUAAGACUAU